AUGCAGAUCGACCUCUCCGCCGCUGCGCCCUCGCCCACGACUGCCCCCCAGUGGCUGCAGGACAUUGAAAAUCAGCUUCUCAUCCGCAACGCAGUGGAACUGAAGCCGUCGCAGUCGAUCUUCGAUAGCUACACCACUCUCCAUGCCUCUGUGCUACACCUGCAAAAAGUGGAGGAUGAGCGGCAACGCCUGCGGAUGGAGCAGAGUCGGCUCACGGAGCGGGUCCGCGAGCUCGAGCGGGCGGCUGCCAACUCGUCUCUGCAAACGUCGCGCGAGCGUGAGUUGGAGGCGAAGAAGGACGCCCUGCAAGACCAGCUGCAGGCGUGCAUGCAGCGAGAAAGUGACCACUACAAGGCACUGUCAGAGGUGAAGGCGGUACAGGAAGAGAGGGAUAAGCUGCAGCUCAGGUCAAACAAGCUGGACGCCGAGCUGGAGCAACGCACAGCAGAGCUGCAGCUGCUGCACAAGGAGUACACGGCCCUCCGCGACGAGUACGACCGCGUGCGGCUGACGGUCAGCGAGGCCGAUCGCUACCUACGCGAACUUAAGACCGCAAAGGAGAAAGCGGCGCCACUGCAACACCGUAUCACAACGCUGGAGGCUGAGGUGAACAUGCUGCGACGUCGGUUGCAGGAAGCCCUUAAAGGGGAGACAGCCGCCGCCAUUGACAAAGACAAGCGCGCGAGCGUGAACGAGGAUGGGGGGGAGGCUGACGUGACCCCGAGCCCCACGCACACAGCCCAUAGCCCACACGCAGACCCGUACACGACACACUCUCCGAACCGCCUUGGUGCAGAGCCCAGUCGUGCCUCCAUGGUCAUCCCAGAGGCGCACAAUAACAGCACGCUGCACGGACUGUGCGUGCUGGAUGACGGCAAGCACUUUCUGACUUCUGGCGCAGACAAGCACAUCCGUCUCUGGAAUCGUCAAAGUGCGCAGGCGGAGAAGUACUUCUCCUCGAACAGCAUUGCCCUCGCCUUGGAUACCUCGUCCCACUACCUGCUCGCUGGCUGUGCCGAUCACGUCGUGCGCUUCUGGGAUGUGAACAGCUUGCGGGUGCUGGAUAUGACGGGGCACACGGAAAAGGUCGUCGCGGCAUGUCUCUCCUCCAGUGCCCAACACGCCUUCACCGCAAGCUCGGAUAGCACCAUCAAGCUCUGGGACGUUCGCCGGCGCGAGUCGCUGCGCACGCUGCUGUGCCAAAGCACGUGCAACGACGUUACUGUGGCCGGCGACACGGUCUUCUCGGCGCACUACAACGGCAAGAUCACGGUGUGGGACCGACGGACAGCGACGCGCAGCGGCGAGGUGGUGGCCCAUCAGCGCGUUGCGACGUGUGUGCGUGUGAGCGCAAAUGGGCAGCUCUGUGUGUCCAUGGGCAAAGACAACGUCGUAUCGGUACGCGACGCUCGUGUGUUCACCAAGACGCUGUUCAGUGUCGCCCCGCCGCAGCUCACCGUGAUGAUGAACUGGGCUCGUCUGUCCAUCGCCCCCAGCGGGCAGCUGUGUGCCGUGGGCAGCGGGCGGACCUCGGACCUCCUCCUGAUCCGGCUUCACGGAGGAGGGCAGGGUGAUGCGGAGGCGACCGACAGCGCAUCAUCUCCAGCGUCGGUGAAGGUGCUGAAGGCAUCUGCGUCGAACGCGACUUUUAGCGGCGAUCGGGGUAGCGGUAGCAGCAAGGGACCUAUCUUUAGCACUGCGUGGGGUGCAAGCGAGGGUGGUCCAUUGGUAUCCAUCAGCAAUGAUCACUGUGUGCAGGUGUGGGAGUGA